UUCUAAAUCUUCUAAACUACCAAAAUUAUCAGCAACUGUUCCAAUUCCAGUUUCAAACUCCAAUCAAUCUUAUCAAUUCACAAAACUCUUCAAUAUGAGUUACCGCAGACCUCCCAACGACCCCUACGCUUCUCCAGGCUAUUCAGCUCCCUAUCCACCACCACCCGGGUACCCACCGCCGCCACCACCGCCGUAUGAGGGGUACCCGCCACCCCCACCGCCACCUGGGUUUCCUUACCCUCCGCCAGGGCAACGUCCAUACGAAGGGUACCAAGGGUAUUUUGCUGAAGGGUAUCCUCCACCGCCACCUCCUCCUGGUCAACCACAGUAUUACUACGAGCACUAUCAUUACCAGAACAAUGAUACUGGUUGUACUUCCUUUCUACAAGGCUGCUUGGCUGCGCUUUGUUGCUGUUGUAUGAUGGAGGAAUGCUGCUUCUUUCUAUAAUGGUUGCAUUAAGGACGAGUUGCUCCUUUUAUGCUUCUGGUUUCGCUACAUUUGUUGCUUCUUUAGUAAAACCUGCUUUGGUCAGUUCUCCAUUAUGGCUCAUGAAUGUGGAAUCUAGUCAUUCUUGUUUUCUCUUGUUUUCAUACCUGUAAUAAUUCCAUGAUGUAUGCCCAGAUUAAUUUGAUAGUAUUUUUCUUUGAACUUGUAACAGGAUCUGUCUUUAUAAAUACAGCUUUUAUUUUCUUACUCUGUGAAA